GAUGCUACCCUAGUCAAACACAGCUCAACCUGCCAAGAAUAAAGGCUUGUUAAGUGUCCUGAAUUCAGAAGGAUAAAAGCCGCAGUAAAUAAGAGACUGCAGAAAGCACAAAUUAUUUAGCAGACUUCAAACCGCAUUUGAGAGGAAAGGAAUAUCCCGUUUACUAAUUUAUUCAAAACAGAUUUAAUUUGGAAAACAUUUUACAACACAUCAUUUAAGAUAGCUGCAAACAUGAAUCUUAACGACAAACAAAGGAACCGCCAUUUUCUGGAGGAGAUGCUGCUCUUAACAUCGCGAAACCUACCUAUGAUUACAGUUAAGGAUAAUUACACAAUUGUCAAGGAACUGGGAAGUGGUUCUUAUGGACAUGUGCUUCUUGCAAUGAAUCAAGCUCAAGGAAACAUAAUGGCUCUGAAGUUUAUACGGAAAAGCACUACAGAUCUCCAGGUUUUCCUUAUUGAGUAUUGUGUUUCACUUAGCUUGGCGGCUCACCCUUGCAUUAUUGGUACAUUUGGAAUUGCCUUUCAAACUGAUAGCCAUUAUGUUUUUGCCCAGGAACUGGCUGUAGACAACCUCUUCUCCCUAAUGAAACCUCAGGUUGGAGUACCUGAGAUAUUGGUCAAACGUUGUGCUAUACAACUUUCGAGUGCAUUGGAAUAUAUGCACAUGAAAGAACUAGUUCACCGUGAUAUAAAACCUGAAAAUGUUUUAAUUUUUGAUCAUGAGUGUCGACAAAUUAAGCUUACAGACUUUGGGCUUUCUUGUACUAAAGGUACCUCUGUAGAAUCCAUGCCUGAGAAUUUGCCAUAUACAGCACCAGAAAUGUGUAUUUUGGGUACAUCAGAUAAACUGAUAGCACAAACAAGCUUAGAUAUUUGGGCCUUUGGAGUACUUAUUUUUUCCAUCCUAACUGGAUACUUUCCUUGGAACUCUGCUGUGACAUCAGAUAAAGAUUAUGUGGACUAUUCUAAAUGGCACAGAAGCAGUAGAAUAUUCCAGAUUCCAAAUCAGUGGAAGUUGUUCAGCACAGAAGCACUGGAAAUGUUAAAAAAGUUGAUUGCUCCAGAACCAGCAAAGAGAUGUUCUUCAAAAGAAGUGAUGAAUUAUCUGAAAUCACCUUGGAAAGCAAUCCCUGAAAACAAAAACUUAAAUCCCAGAGGGAGAUUAAAUGAUUUAAGUUAUUUACAUGGCCAUCUGGAUAACAGGAAUAUGAAUAAGAACAGAGGGAAAUGAAACAGGAGGCUAUAGCAGUUAAACAGAAUUCUGCAACAAUUACAAAUUAUAAUCUAUUACAUGUUUCAAUAAAAUUAUCCUAAUAUAGAUGGAUGGAUGGAUGGAUGGAUAGAUGGAUGGAUAGAUGAAUAGACGGAUGGAUAGAUGGAUAGAUAGAUGGAUAGAUAGAUGGAUAGAUAGAUGAUAGAUAGAGAUAUAUAUUUUUCUAUUUUUUUUGAUCUGUAACAAAAAUAUCCUAGUACUAGUUAAACAGUCUGACCGCAUUAUUUUACUAGGUAUAUAUUUUAUAAGAAUGCCCUUUUGUCCCUCAGCUGCCAUACCUAGCAAAUCCUUUCACUGUUGCAAAUCCGCAGUGUACCAACCACUGCAUGCUUAUUGACACUAUAUAGGAACAUAUAGAUCACAUUUUCAAUAGGGUUAAUUGAAUGUAUAUACAUUUGAUGGCUUGAAAUAGAUGGCACCACUUACAUUAAUGGUGUAACUGAACCCAUGGAAGAAAUCACAUUUGUAUAACUAUAAGUACACUUUUUUAAAUUGAAAUGCAUUAAUCACAGAUAGAGUGCUUGUUUUUGUUAGCAAUGUGUUGAAUUGUAUUAUUAAAGACUUUUAUA